AUGUUCGUCCUUGUCCUUGGUGCUUCUGGCUUCAUCGGCUUCCCUGCCGCUCAAGCGCUCGCCCGCGCGGGCCAUAACGUUUACGGUCAGACGCGCUCGAGCGAUAAAGCGACCCUGCUGGCUAAAGAAGAGAUCACCCCCAUCGUCUGCGCUCCCGACUCCGACGGCUGGCACCACCUGAUCCCCAAGCUCGACGUCGUCAUCGACGCCGUUGGCGGCAUGGACGUCCGCACGCUCUCGCAGGCGAUGCUCUCGUCCACUAGAGCCGCCGCUACGCGCCUCCGCCCCGCCGGCGCCCCCAAGCUCUCUUACAUCUACACCUCCGGCACCUGGGUGCACGGCGACAGCCGCACUGAGAUUGUCAGCGACACGACGCCACUCGCGUCCCCGCAGGCACUCGUCGCAUGGCGUCCCGCCGUCGAGCGGCUGGUGCAGGAGGACAAGGUGCUGAACGGCAUCGUCGUGCGCCCGGCGCUGCUGUACGGGAAGAAGGGCUCGCUGACGGAGGCGCUGUUUGCGAGCGCAAAGGCGGGAAAGGCCAUCUGGCCGGGGACGCCUGGAGGCAAGCUGCCACUCAUUCACUGCGACGACCUGGCGGACCUGUACGUGCGCCUGGCGGAGCGCGCGCCGGUUCUCGGAGGCUUGGUCUUUGACGCAGCAAACGGGAUCGCGGAGUCAACGGACGCACUUCUGGAAAGGCUGGUAGCCGUGAGCGGGGCCAGCGGGUACGAAUUCAAGGAGCCUACGAACCCCUUCGAGCAGGCCAUCGCGUCGUCUGCCAUCAUCCGCCCUUACCUGGCGCGUUCUCUGUUGGGAUGGGUUCCGAAGAAAGCUGGGUUGACGGAUAAUCUUGAGGUGUACUACGAUGCGAGCGUCGCGUAA